UUACCCUGGCCAUCCCCUCUAACACUGCCGGACGUCCUGGGAGUUGGCCUGAAGACCUGGACCAACCCAGGAUCUAAGACGGUCCGGCAUGGCGCCUCGCGCCUGUGGCGAAUACUGAUCCCGGAGGCGGCAUUCCUAAUCUGGAAGUUACGCUGUGAACGGGUAGUGGGACAUGCGGAACAGCCGAACUGGAUGCACUCAGAGGCAGAAAUAGUAAACCGAUGGUCCUUCGCCCUCAAUGAGAGACUACAUAAGGAGAUUACAAUGACACAUCGCCGUUUUGGAAGGUCAGCCCUACCACGCAGUAAAGUACUAGACACUUGGGGCGGUACGCUGCAUAACGAGAUAAGCCUUCCACAAGACUGGACCCAAUGGCCCCGGGUUUUAGUGGGUAUUAACCUGCACACGAUUCGUGAGCAGGCGAAUGAGUCCCACACUGGUCGGGAACCCGACCGUGCGUAA